AUGGAUGUAAGAAAGAAUGACGGUGAUGCUCCAGUGUCUCAAACCGGGGAUUCGGCCAACGCGGGUUCUGUGCACAGCGAAGGUGACGCGCAGACCGGUGAAGUGAACACCACCAACGCCACAGAAGGGGAAACGCCUUCAAAAGGCACCAGCAAGGCUUCUUCUACCAGGGCUUCGACGCCUGCAGCUUCCACUUUAGAUAUUCAACAUGCGCCACAUGAUCCCACUGACGCGACUCAGACCAUGGAUGUGGAUCAGCAACCGCAGGAGCCAAAAAGCAACGAGUUCGAUUCAGUGCAGCCCUCGAGAAAAGGCUCAGAAGAGGCUGCAGCUGCGCCGUAUGGAACGCGAUCGCGUAACCGUCCGGGCAGGUCACGCAUCAAUUAUGCCGAAGACACGGAAAUGGAUUUUGAGAUGACAGCCCCUGCAACGGCAAACGGAAACGCGUCUGACCCGCCAUCGCGUAGUUCUGUUACCGCCGAAAGUGGUCAACCUGCAGGUGUGAGUGCGAAGAAAGGUGCGAAUGCAGGACACGGUGGUGCGCCGUGGGGUAAUCCCGGACCCAAUCCAAAAGACACCCAGGCAAACCUCAGUGUUUCCGGCUCGUCGGCAACCACACCAGCACCUCCGUCCACCACGGUACAGUCCACAACGAAGCGGCGAAAGAAUGCCCUCAAGGAGACCACAAGUGGUGCCCAUGCAACUGCAGCUGCGCCAAGCCAAGCUCCGAAGCGCGGUGCUCAAGCUCAAGUUCAGGCCCCGACAGCAGCUCCCUACACGCGAGAAUCUAACAUGAUGACAUUCGAGUUCAGCGGUGGCGUAUUGAAAGAUGGACGCUUGCAAGCAGACGACGGUCAAAGCGUAUCUAUUAAUGACCAAGUGUACCUCGUGUGUGAGCCGCCCGGGGAACCAUACUACCUGUGUCGCAUUAUGGAAUUUAUCCACAAGGAAAACGAUCCAAAUCUACGGGUAGAUUCACUGAGGGUUAAUUGGUUCUAUCGACCACGGGAUGUCGGCCGCUACAACAAUGAUACCCGUCUGGUUUAUGCAACCAUGCACUCGGACUUGUGCCCUAUAGCCUCCUUGCGAGGAAAGUGCAACAUCAUGCACAGGAGCGAGAUUGGCGAUCUUGACGAAUAUCGCAAAGGUAAAGACAGCUUCUGGUUCAACCAGGUCUUUGAUCGCUUCAUCCAUCGUUGGUACGAUGUCAUCCCUACGUCCCAAGUCAUCAACGUCCCGGUGAAGGUCAAGAAGGCCCUGGACGAGCGCUGGAAAUACAUCUGUCUGGAAACAAGCAGGGUGAAAGAAUUGACUAGCGCGGUCAAGUCUUGUAAGCGCUGCGUUGGCUAUUGUGCAUCGAAUGACUCGGUAGAAUGCGCGGUAUGCCACAACACCUAUCAUAUGAACUGUGUACGUCCACCGUUGUUAAAAAAGCCAUCUCGUGGUUUUGCUUGGGCCUGUGGACCGUGCAGCAGGGCACAAGAAAAGAAACUUGAGGCUCGACGAACUCCGCUCCUGGGCACCACAAACGAGGACGGCGAGGAAGAAGAGGUCAUUGAUGAGGAAGAAGAGGAAGCCGGCAGCGACAGCGCCGCAACUCCUGACCCCGAAAGCCAAGUCGACCUUCAUCCGGGUACACAGGCUGAGAUUGCUCUUGCAAAGAUGUGGCCCAUGCGAUAUUUGGGCAUCCACUGUCGCGUGGAAGAUGCUUUGCAGUACGAUGACAGGGCAAUCUACCCACGCGCCAGUUCUCGACUAGGACCACGACAUCAAGCGAACGUGAAUGUGUGGCAUGGACAACCAGUGGAAUUCGUCAAGCCAGCGGAGAUCAAGAAGCGUUACGUCAAGUCGACGAACAACAAGAAAGAGGGCAAACUAACCAAGGAAACUGUUGCGGCCAUUGAGGCCGACAAAGCGGAGAAGGCUAAACGCCCUAAGUGGGUCAUGGACGAACCGAUGGGCUACGUUCGUCGUGGCGAAGAUCUGCCGAACAAGGACUCAAAGUGUACCGCGGAAUUGAUCUUCAAGAUGCCUCCCCUGGGCGUACAUUCAACGCGUGGGGAGGAUGACGCACCGACAGUCACUGAAGAGCAAGUCAAAACCUACAUGGAGCGCGCGAAAGCUCUGGCAAAACAUGUUGGAGUUGAGUCGUACAACACCAACUUUCUCACCAAGGCGCUGGCGCUGUACACGAAACAUCAAUACGAUGCUGACGCAGCUCUGAAGCAGGUCAAGAAGCUUGACAAACGCAAGGAUCUGAAAGAGCCAGAGCUGACGAAAGAGGAAGAGAAGAGAUGGAACGAGGGAGUCGCCAAAUAUGGUUCCGAAAUCAGAAGUGUCCGUUUGCAUACCAACAAGACUAUGUUCUACGGAGACGCCGUACGAUACUACUACAUGUGGAAGAAGAGCCCCAAAGGCAAGGAGAUCUGGGGCUCCUACAGCAACCGAAAAGGCCGAAGCAAGAAGGUUGAACCCGACGCGCAAAGUCGACUGUUGGACGAUGUUGCUGACAACCAAGACGACUCGGCAUUUGACAACGAGAAAGCUGUGCAGCGCAAGCGCAAUUUUCAAUGCAAGUUCUGCACGACUCGCCAUUGCCGGCAGUGGAGACGCGCUCCUGGCGUUUCGCCUGGCCAGAUGAUACCUGCAGAUGGCCGUUCAAAAGACAAGUCGGGCUUUGUUGUAGCUCUUUGCCUGCGCUGUGCAAAUCUGUGGCGCAAGUAUGCAGUGAAGUGGGAAAACGUCGACGAGAUUGCUAAAAAGGUGGCCCAAGGUGGUGGCAAAGCCUGGAAGAGGAGGAUUGACGAGGAGUUGCUUCGAGAAGUUUAUGCUGCACAGACCGACCCCAGCCCGGUGGUCAACGCGCCAGAAUACCAGGACUUCCCUGCGGCGGCGGCCCAGACCACUGGCGAACCUGCUAAGAAGAAACAGAAAACAAACACUGUUGGUAAUGGAGACAGUGGCACUUCAACUCCCAACAACGAGGUUGUCGCCUCCAAGAAGAAGGAGAAAGAGAAGCCUGUACCGCUACCUAAAGCUCCCACACCUCCACCAGUCCCUGCACAACCUCGACUGAGAGCGUUGUCAUGUGCCGUCUGCCGAUCGACAGAUGGUGCGCGCUUGGAAUGCGCUGCUUGUCGCCUGACGGUACAUAAGUCCUGCUACGGUGUCGAAGAUGUCCGACAGGCGAACAAGUGGUAUUGCGACACGUGCAGGAACGACAAGAAAGAGAAUGUGUCCUAUACAUACGAGUGCGUCUUGUGUCCUCAUAAAGUUACAGAACAGGACCUCUACGAGCAGCCCAAAGUCACACACAAGAAGAAGAGUGACCGGGACAGGGAGAAAGAGCGGAUGGAGAAAGAGCUCAUCGACAUUGCCCGAGAGGAGUAUCGUUUUCGACAGCAGGAGAAAGGUCGGCCGAUUGUUCCUCGUGAGCCGCUGAAGCGCACCGCAGAUAACAACUGGGUCCACGUUUACUGCGCGCUCUGGCAUGCAGAGGUGAGGUUCAGUAACGCCAAUCGCCUUGAUAUGGUAGAAGGAGUCGGUGCUAGCACCCUUCGGUACGACCAGAUCUGCAAGCUUUGCAAGACCAACAACGGGGCCUGCGUGUCGUGUUUGCAGUGCCAUGCCAACUUCCACGUCGGUUGUGCGCAUGAUCGUGGAUACACGUUUGGAUUUGACAUGACACCCGUCAAAGCCACUCGAAGAGACGCAGUGCCCACAGUCACCCUAAACGGGGACACGGGCACGAUGGUGGCGGCUAUCUGGUGCAAGGAGCACACACCGAAGAUGCCUGUGCAUCCUAUCAACGAAGUGGUCGAAGGCUCAGAUAUCGUCGCGCUGCAGCUCUUUGCUCGUGAGUUCAAACAGGCGGACCUAACACUUACGGGUACGGCUCGCAAAGCUAAUCUGGUUGAUCAAUCAACACGGACAAUUUCACAGCAUGCGCCAGCGAUGGCGAACCGUCGGGCUUCUGCCGUGACAGCUCAGACACCUACCUCAGCUCGAGGCCGUCACUCGAACGUCGGAUUGCCAGUCAAGGAAGAAUCUGUCGAACCACCAGCACCCAGGCCAGAGCGGAAUUGUGCCCGGUGCAAGAUCGACGCCAGCCCGCGAUGGUGGAAAGUUGAAGAGAAAUCAGAGGCCCCGCCGCGCACAUCAGUUGUUGAUAGCCAACUGAGAGCCAAUGGCGUGGAAACGAACGGCCACGGAGCUAUAGAUCAGGACCUACGCAUUGUGAAUGGACAACCUCCCAACGGAGCUGACGAUCACCCAAUGAUGGAUGCAUCAGCUACGGCAGGCCGUGGCCACUUGCACCUGGACACGAGUAUUGAAGCGAGCUCGCCUGCGUCGUACUUAUGUCAGAAGUGUCACUGGAAGAAAGAGCAGGGCAUUGAUGAGGAUGAAGGACGAGAGCGAUCGAAGUCUGUGCUUCCGGAACCCCAACAAUUACCUCUCCGCUCUCCUGUACAAGCAUACAUUGCACCGCCACCUCCAUCUGCUCUGCCGUCUUGGGCUGCUCCGGGCGGCCCCCCUUCUAUGCUGCCGAACCAGCCUCCACCAUUGCCGGCCUGGCAUAGUGCAGGACCUCCUGGACCCCCAGCGACGUCCCACCCCCCGCCUCAUCAUCUCCAAAAUGGCAUCGGAUAUGUUCCGCCACCACACGCUCCCGUUGGUCACCACGCACCGUUUCAUACACCCUAUCCUCCUCCCAACGGGUAUCCUUCACACACGGGGCCACCAGUGCAUGCUCAGAUGCCACCAGCACCUAUGCGUGCGCCCUAUGCUCCACCGUCGGCAGGACCCGCUCCACCACUUCAUGUCAACAACGGCGCGAUGAUGGUCAAUGGGAUGCAUUCGCCGCAUAACAUGCCCUACUCACCAACACACCCUCAUGAGUACCAUUCUUCUCGUUCGACCGAGAGUCCGUUUGCUGCCCCUCCACCGUCGAUUCCACAGUAUGCUCUUCAUCGCGGCAGCCCCGUGCCAGGCCGACCAGAAACGCCACGGGACACAGUGAUGCGAGACGCUCCCUUGGUUACGUCUGCUCCUACGGAGCGGGUGAACACGGGUGCCAGCGCCAGUCCUUCGCUUCGCAAUUUGUUGCAUUGA